AUGCCGGAGACCGGGCUCGAUCGCAUCCCAGAGAUUCUGGCGAUCCUGACCGAGACCGAUCGCCUCGCACCACACCUGACAACCAUUUCUGCUCAGCAAGCCUCACGUCCGGGAGGGCGGCCCACCUCGGUCAAGACGACCGUGUGGAUCGAAGCUGAGUAG